AGUGACGUUUUAAACCUGUAGUGACGUCGCCUAAAGAGUAGUGUAUAAGUCCAAACCUGCCGGGUAUUUAAGCAGAGCUGCUGCCUAAACCGUGUGAGCAGCGUGACGCACAGAGCUGUGUAACUGUAUCCAGGAACAAGCGCGUUUCAAGCGUACAGUAAUAGAGCUCUGCAAUACAAUAUUGGAUAUAUGUGUAUAUAUGAGGUAUGCUCUUGUCUUAAAAGGAUGAGGAAGACUUGUAUCUGCACCGAGCGCGUGAGAGAGUGAAGACAACCAAUGCGCUGGCGAGCAAUUUGCGGAGUUGGUCAAGAGAUCACAAGCACCUAAAGGAGCGGGCUUUUCGUGGUCAUUUGGUGGAACCCGUGUUCGUUUUGUAAACCGUGAUGCGUAAUGAGAGUUGGCAGAGAAACAGAUACCGAUACCUAGGCUACUAAGGACGAUUUAAGUCACUUGUCCUUUGCAGUUUGCCUUUGCAGCGCCUGAACUUUUUUCUGUGAGCGUUUCGCUGCAUGAAGCUUGGGUCCUCCGCGAGCCUAGGUUGCGACGGUGGCAUUAAAUAGAUUUUCUUUCUCCUACAUGUAAGGGAUUUUUAAAAAAAUAUCUUUUUCCUUUUCCUUCGUGCCCUGAGAAGAUGUCGCACUGAGUCGAUAUGGGAUUUCGGCAGUAACGCGUUUCCUGUGGGCAGACAGAGCACGGACAUGCAGCUCGUGCGGGCGGUUUGCGCGCUCGCGGCCGCGGCUUCGGCCCUUCUCCUUAUUCUCUUCUUUCAAGCGCGCGCUCUGCGAGAAGGUCAGCUGGCAGCAGGCACAUGUGAAAUCGUCACACUAGACCGAGACAGCAGUCAGCCAAGGAGGACCAUCGCACGGCAGACAGCCAGGUGUGCCUGCAGGAAAGGCCAGAUUGCCGGCACAACCAGAGCCAGCCCGGCAUGCGUAGACGCUCAUAUCGUGAGGAGCAGACAGUGGUGUGAGAUGAUGCCUUGCUUGGAUGACGAAGGCUGUGACUUGUUAAUAAACAGAUCAGGUUGGAGAUGUGCACAGCCUGGAGGCAAAGUGAAAACUACCACAGUAUCCUGACAUCAGCUGUAGUUGAGGCUUCUGUGAGGAGGUUUUGGAUGUAGACGCUCCAAUCCAUCCUCUCUGGCUACAGCUAACAUGAAUAUUUUCUAGUCUGUUUUACCAUCCAUCAAUAAGGGGAGUAAAGGCCUGCUCCUGGUUCUUGUGUUCACGAUCGGAUUGAUCCGGCAACAGAACGGAUAAUGGAUUGUUCUGAGAAAUUUAUAGACACAUACUGCUGGACUGAGCAAGAUUGUGGAUUUUUCUCUCCAGUGACAUAAAAUUUUACAGACCAAAGAAAACCGACUGGACACCAAGAUCCUACUUGGAAGGAUUUUUGUGAUGUGAGUUACAAGUGAUAAAUGCACAAUUAGACAAACAGAAAAACACAGUAUUAUACACUGAACACACAUACACCUGAUGGCACAAAGAGAAAUAAGGACAUUUAAAAAAGACUUGAAUUCUCAGCAUCUUUUUUGGAUGUAUCAGUUGGUGCUUAUGCUGCAUAAUGAACAUAAAUCAGAUAUGCUGAUGACAUGCCUGCUGAUGACAUGUGAAAAGGAACGCUGGUGGAAGACUAAUAAAUAUUUUUUCAAAGGCACAGAAUGUAUUUAAUAUUUCUUAUGUUGUAAUUUUCUAGAGUUGCUUAUUUAACAAUGUGGUCAUGUGUACAACCAUAAAAAUGGAUUCAUAAUCAGCCAUGUCCUUGCCAUCAUGAAUUGUCUCCUCAGAGGUUUACUUCCUCUAAAGGCACAGUAUUGACAACCUAUUAUUUCAGCACUGUAUAAAGUACAGAUAAAUCUCACAGUAGAUGCCCUUUGUCAUGAAAUUGCUUAUGUUCACGCCCAAAGCAUAUGAUAGCUAUUGUUAGACAAAGGCACUAAAAAUUUUCAUCUUCAUAUAUUUAGUGUAGUGCCUCUGUGAAUUUUGUGUCAGGUGCUGCUUUUGCCCUUGUCCUCUACUUUUCCCUGAGUUCAGAGUCUGUGGAGAUAUGCUGCUGUCAUCCAGGCUUCAAGCUUCAUUUAACAUCACUAACAGUCUGCAUACAUU